AUGAUCCAGCUACUUUUUGCGAAUGAGUAUCAGAACUCAGCCAACUUUCGGCGAGUUGACAGACGGAACACGAGGAAAAACGUUCAUUCCAAAUCUGCCAUUGGCGCUGGAGCAAAGAUGGGGAUGAUUUCUGUUGCAGGAGCGCCAAAUAUCAUCGGUAAAAUUCGACGCCCAAGUUAUGUCAAGACCCAGGAUCAUGCGAUAACGAUUGAUCGAAUACAGCGACUUGUUACUGAAACUCCUAAGGUUCCAAGAAAGACGGUAUUCAUGGCGAAUAUGGAGCAAAACUGGAAGCACGUGGACUCCGUCGCUUGGGUUAUUCUGCUGACAACAGCCUUUGAAUGCCUAAUUGAAGGUGAGAAUCAGACUGUAAAUCGCAGUGACUGUCACUUUCACUCUGAUUAUGUCUGGAACGGGGCCCUGUGUCUCCCUGAUUUUAAAAAGUAA